UAUUUCCAAUAAUGAAGCUUGGAAAUAAUUAAACAACGAAAAAAAUGCUACCUGGAAUUUUCACUGUUAACGUUUUGAAAUACACAGAUCUCAAAAAACGAAUCGGAAUAAGACGGCGGCGCGUAUCCGGUGUGCCGGCUUUUUCUCAAAAAUUCCGAAAGGUAACUCGAUGAAACAAGACACAAUAAGUACCUUCCAUUAUUAUCUCCGUCACUAUGAAGAGAAUCAGUCAGUUUUUCUUUUAUCACUGGACAAUUCAGUUAAUCCAAAAACUGCCAUGUAGUAUAACUUUCAUCGAAUCCGCCAAAUUUUGACGGAGCUAUCCUAAAUUAACUAGACGUUGAAGAGGGUCUAGCGCUCGUGGGGAGCAUUUUAGCACCUAAGUUGAUAUGAAUAAAGGUUUCUUCAUAUUUUGACCUCUAGAGAAUCAUCCCUUGCAAUAUAUUAUCAUUAUUAUAUAUUGUUCAAUCCGGGCAGUCUGUAUAAUUAUAUUGUUAGGCCCUUUUCCGGGGUUGUAAUACACCCUUCCUAAGCGGUUUCGGAUAUAAGAAAAAUUUGAAAAACAUCGAAAUAUUUUUUCUGUUUCACAUAGAAGUCCCAACUUUGAAAACAUUUAGUUUUCCCGAAACAUCCUUCUACUUUUCUUUUACACAUUGUGGUGGGAGUUCGAUUUCAUGAUUUCUUUUCAUCAUUCACUGAUUACAGUCGCACAUAAGCAAGAAUCCCACGAUCACUCGAAGAUUUAAUUCGAAAACAAAUAUUUUCCCAUCUAGUCACACAGUGAUAAUAAUGAAAAGAUAUUACUGAAAAGUAAGUCAUCAGCAUUUGAGAGAAAAGGGAAUAAUUACAGAUAAAGGAAUACAGUAGAUACCAAGAUAUGAGAUAAGAAAAUGAUCUUUUAAUAUUGUGAGUGGGGAAUUCAGAACUUUGUAAUUGCCACUUUAUUGUAUUGGUAAUCAUCGAACCGUUAAUGAUAUGACCUGAAGGGGCAUUCUACUCAUUCUUCGGCCACCAAAAAACAAACAAACAUUUCAAAUUUGUUUUGUUUUUCAAUAAUCGGUGCAACACUGGUGUUUUUGUUCAACCGUGAAAUUGGAUUAAAUGGGAAUUAACAACAUUUGUUCAGCAUGUUGCAAAUGGAUUUAGUUGAAGAGUGAAUCAUUUUCGAAGUGAAUGAAAAUUAAUCAAUUGACUGCAAUUUGGCGUGGACGUAUAGAGUUAAAUGCCGCCUUAAUUUAGUGCCUAUUUAUCCUCCUUGGGUGAUGUUGCUGUGAUAACAUUUAUUGUAGAGCACAGUGUUUCAUGAACGUUUGAGUCAGUAUGCGUAGCUUCGUGGUCCUGGUGGCGUUAAUUUCCAUUUUGGAAACAGGAAAUAGCACAGAUUGCAAGAACGAACCGAGAUGUCAAAUUAGCAGAGUGUACGGAAUGAGAGCUGCAGAUUGCUCGGAUAGGAAAUUCAAAUAUUUCCCGCAAUGCAUAAGAUCCGAUAUCGAGGUUAUCGAUCUUGCCAUGAACAGAAUAAGGAAGUUGCGUUUCGCUGAUCUGGAAAGGUAUCGCAACCUAAAGGCUCUAUAUCUACAAGACAACGCGUUGGCAAAACUCGAAGAGGACACAUUCGAUGGACUGGAUGAUCUAACCGGUUUGGACAUAUCUGGCGCUUCUCACGUCAAAAUUCCACCUAAUAUCUUCAGGCUUCCAUCCCUCCAGACCCUCUACUUGAGCCAGCAGAUGAACAGCAAUAUCGUGGAAGUUCUUGAGACCACCAAACCCAUAACUUGUCCUUUGGUACACCUGGAUAUUAGUUAUUCGGAAAUAGAACGUUUGCCAGAAAUGGGAUUGCUGCCAACUUUGGUCAAGUACAAUGUUUCUGGCAAUAAUCUCUUCGAGCUCGGUGUUAAACACUUUUCUGGUUUGUGUGGAUUAAGGCAUUUGAUCACAGAAAAUGUGAGCUUGAGUUUGACGAAACCGUGUGAAUGUUGGAAUACUAACAGAUGGUUAAUAUCUAAAGGCUUCAAAGACCCUCCAUUCGAUUGCCAGUUGAAAGAUAACUUGUGCGAGGAAGUUCCUUUCAAUUCAUCGGACAAAGAAAACUACGAAAAAUGCUCAAUAUUACUGGGGGAAAUCGCAAGGCGAUCUUUGCUGAAAAAAGUCCUUCUUCCUCUAGCAACAGUGAUGCUUGUCAUCCUUCUCUGUAUUUUCUGCUAUUUCAGAAGGCGAAGGAGGUAUCUUGAGCAACCUUCAUACAGAAUUCCAGCGGAAGAAGAAAGUAUGAACUCGCUGCCAUUAAAAAAAAUUGAGAACAGUUGAAGUAGUUCGAUUAGGGCGAUGUUAUGAACAAUGUAAUAAUGCGGGAAAUAGAGACAGACAAUUUUUUCACGUGAAAACAGUUCGUGUUCCUAGGAAGCAUUUGAUCAAAAUUUGUUUUUUAUUCCUAAAAUUAUGAGAAUCUUUAGAAAUUAAGUUUACAAUAGAUGAGACCUCUAUUUCCAACUAGAAAUAAUGUUUAUCGACAUGUGAGGCUGUUUCAAGUACCUUCAAUACUAUUUAUUGCUUCCAAGUGACAAAAAUCCUCAUUUGUCCCUAGCACUUACCCGACUUACCUUCCUUUAAAUAUUAUAGGAUCUCUUAAGUGAUUAAUUUCAUGUAACUAUGCCCUAUGACAGCUAUAUAUUUUUUUCUUCAAUUGAAACCCUUUCCAUUUCUCGUUUAAGAUUUUUUUCUGAAAUUCUUAUAUUUGAUCAUAGUUGUGCAAUUACAUUACUGGUUUUCGUAGCUAAAUAAUUGUUAUAUUUAAAAGCCACAUAAUAUUAGUUAGCUUCAUUUCGAAUUUUCACAUCAGUACUUUUUUACUAGAAGAAUUGUAUGUUUUAAAUGUGAACGAGAAGUGUCUAGAGUUUUCGCACUUUACUCUUAAUGAUAUUUAUGGGAAUAAAAUUGAAGUGAAAAAUUAUCAAUAUGUUUCACCAUUCAAUUUUCAUUGAUAGCUUAAUCAUUCUGUAAAUAGUCGUUAACUGAUUUGAGUAGUAUUAGAUAAUUAUAAUUGCAAUGAUACAAGUAUCACAGAUUUCACGAAGAAGUUCUUUUGGCAACGUAUUAAUAUGAAUGAUGACUGAAAUAAGGCUAGUGAUAUAAGGAUUUUAUUUCUUCUAUGUUUAUGCUCUUUAUAUAUAAGUCAAUAUUGUCCUAUUUUAAAUAGGAAUUUGAUCCUAUAAAUUGACGAUUUUCGAAAAAGAACGUAAUGGAUAUUUCACUUCAAAACUUUUAUGUUUUCCGAUCAGAAAAGAAUGAAAAAUCUUGCCAAAAUGUUAUUCAUCAAAGAGAUAUUUACGAGCAAGUGAUGAUUUUUCAUAGGUUGUUGCAUUAUUUGAGGUUGUUCAAUUUCCUUCCUAGAAAAAUAUUUUAAUAUCAAUACUAAGAAUAUUUUUUUAUUUUGCCAUUUAUAACUUACUGUUACUAUUCGUCAUUCAAAUUUUGUAGUAUCACGUAGAACAUGCAUGUUUUACCUUUUUUUUUAACAUGAUACCUGAAUUAAUCAGAUCGAAUUUUUAUAAUAUGUAUUUAUUUUGUUGAUAAAUAGAUAGAUAGUUGUAAUUUAUAUUUUUAUAUGUAACGAAAUCGAAUUAAAAUAAAUUUCAUAAUU